AUGGAGUGGGUUCGUGGAGAAACAAUCGGAUACGGAACUUUCUCAACAGUCAAUCUAGCGACGCCGUUAAACAUAAAAAACUACGGCGAUUUCCCAACUCUUCUGGCCGUGAAAUCGGCGGACUCUUACGGCGCCGCCGGGAUCACGAACGAGAAAUCAGUGUUGAACUCGCUCGGCGAUUGCCCUGAGAUCGUAAGGUGUUUCGGCGAGGAUCACACGGUGGAGAACGGCGAGAAGUUGCAUAACUUGCUGUUGGAGUACGCUUCGAGAGGAAGCUUAGCGACUCAACUGAAGAAACUAAACGGCGACGGUCUACCGGAAUCCGAGGUGCGUCGUUACACAGGAUCGGUGCUCAGAGGAUUACGUCACAUCCACUCGAACGGGUUCGCUCACUGCGAUAUCAAACUCGGGAAUAUUCUGUUAUUCGGCGACGGCGCCGUUAAGAUUGCGGAUUUCGGAUUGGCGCGGAAGGUCGACGAAGAGUUAACGGCGUCAAAUGGAGGAGUGAAGAUUAGAGGGACGCCGUUAUACAUGGCGCCGGAAUCCGUUAACGAGAACGAGUACGGGUCAGCGGCUGACGUGUGGGCGUUGGGAUGCGCCGUAGUUGAGAUGUUUAGCGGCAAAACGGCGUGGAGUGUGAAGGAAGGGUCGAACUUCGUGUCGCUUUUGAUGCGCAUCGGUGUCGGCGAAGAGUUGCCGAAGAUUCCAGAGGAGUUGUCUGAGGAAGGAAAAGACUUCGUGUCCAAGUGUUUCGUUAAAGAUCCCGAGAGAAGAUGGACGGCUGAGAUGCUUUUGAACCAUCCGUUCGUGGCCGUUGAUCAACGAGAAGAAUUCGUUGCGAAGGUGGACGAAAAAGUAGCGACGUCUCCGAGAUGUCCGUUUGAGUUCUACGAUUGGGAAUCUGUUUCGUCGGAUUCACAGAUGCAAUCUCAGCCGUUGGAUGUUCCGGUGGAGAGAUUUGAGAGUCUUGUUAGUGAAUCGAUCCCUGAUUGGUCAGUCGCCGAUGGCUGGGUUUGUGUACGUUGA